AAGACCUGAGGCGUGUGUUCAGCUUUUUUGAAACACCAAUUUACUUAGCUUAGUCCAUAGUCCAUCCGUCACUUGGUAACCUUUUUUAUUUUUUUAUUUAUUUUUUUGCGCCUUUCAUUGAUCAGUUGCGCACAUUCAUUUGAUACUCUUCUUUUCCCUUACUCUCUCUCUAUCUCUAGCCCUAUCUUCAUAGUGAUUCUUAGGGAAGAGGAGAGAAGAGGAGAAAAAAAGACAAAACGAAAAGAAAGGAAAAAAGAGGACACUCGUUACUGAUUUCUUGUCUACACCCUUCUUUUCAGUUUCAUACCCUCUCAAGUUCAUUCAGAUAUCUCUCCUAAGCGGGGAUUUAUUCUAUAUUGCAUCAAAUAAGUUAAUGACCUUUGGUGACAUCGUUGUAUUGAACCUUGAAAGAACCCCCCCCCCUUCCCUCUCCCCCCCUCCCCAUAAGCCCAUACCUCCUUCAAGUACGUUGAACCCCCUUUUUUGAUCGCCAGGGCGACAAACAGGCAGAUCUAUCAGCAGAUCUGCCCACUGCCACUACGUCUAGCCUCAGCUGGACUGCUGGUCCACUGGGCUGCAACGACACUUGCCAUGAAAUGAGUGGCCCAACCCUGACUGUAACGGUUUUACCAACCGUCGAAUCCGCACAACCAUUACGCCCUCCCAGUCGUUCCUCUUCACCUUCCACCCCGGAUCGCUUGUCUGGCCCAGACACUAUUCAAGCCCAAUCUCAUACUGAGUCUCAACAACUGGCCCAGGCCGCACCUUCGAAUACCCUGUCUCAAAGCGCUACCAGCCCCCCAGGCUUGUCUACUUUCGAUGUACCAUCUUUCGAUUUUGGUUCAGACUUCGACGCCACCUUCUCUUUCUCCAACACGCUUUUGACGGAUAUCCCAGAUGAGAAGCCCACGAUCAUACCCGACGAAACCAAUAUGGCCGGCCCUGAGCCUACGACAGACAAGCCGGGAAAGCGAAGAGCGACGGCAAAUCGACCGCAGAUAUGGACGCCUUCAUCUAAACAGUCACCGAAUAACGUAGAAGACUCCGGAGAGAUCACAGAUCAGAAAGAAUCUGGCAACGAUGAGACUCCUAGCAACUCCAAGUUCUUGAGUCCAAGCUCGCCGCAAGACACAUAUAGACAUGUUUCCGACUCGAUCGCAUCUUUAGCCAAACGGUCGUGGUUGCCUGGAUCCCGAUCACCUUCACCUGGAAAAAAGGACGAGCUCACAACACCGUCAGAAAGCCGACCGACACGUGAACGAUCUACUAGUAAUAGUUCAAUCAUGAAGCUUAAGAAGAGCUCACGAAAGCGACCGGUAUCCCCAGCUGAUAGCGACAGCAAUAAGUCGACCGAGUCCCGUGGCAGAUUUGGCAGCUAUUUUAACAAGAUCAAGCAGAAGCAGCCGGGCAUAUUAGCAAAGGGCAAGGUCACGCAGGACCACGAUAGCCCUGCUUCCUCCAUAGCUAGCCUCGCGCCUCCAUCUACGGAAACCCGCCAGUCACGCGGCUCUGAGACGAGCAGCAGCACAUUUCCUGAGGAUAUAGUCUUACAAACAAAGCUACCACAAAUGCGAGAUGCCCUUUGGUCAGCAUUUCGGGCCCUAGACACCGAUUGUCACAAGUUUCUAGCCAAGCCCACAAGCCAAAAGAUGAACAUUGUUCGGAGCGCACUGGUGCCAUUCUUGAAAUCCUAUGGCAACCAUUCAUCCAAUAAAAUGUUGCAUCACGAAGACCUCGAACGAAGAGCCCUAAUCUUAAACAAGUGGUGGAUUGGCCUUCUCGAGCUACUCGAAGGCAAGGGCCAGCAGCCAGUUGCGGGAGUUGACAGGCCCCUUUUACUUGAAGCUAUGACUUCAAUCAUGAUGCGACCCGAAUGGCGGCAGUGCAAUGCCAGCUUCACCCCCCUCGCAGACCGAAAUCCAGCAGAGAGUAUCAAACACUCGCAUGACAGUUGCAAUAGGUCUUCUAUUUCACUGAAUUCGACGGAUUCUGAUUAUCUUGCCGAGUCUGCACGGCACAACGUGAAAACCAUGUUUAUCGCGAAUUUAGUCGCACAGAUGGCUGUAGUGGUGGAUAGAUUAUCCCUUCGACAUGCUCCGUUGAGUCUGGUCAACUUUGCCGGCAAAGCCUGCGCCUACGCCUUCUUUUUCGCGCCUGGAAUCGCAGAUGUCCUUGUGCGGCUUUGGUCUUUGAAUUCAGAUUGUAUACGUCGAGUCGCAGAUGAAUUUGGCCUACCACGUCUUGGCAAAGGUGAAAGUGACGAAAUCGUUGCACUAUUUCCUCCCUUCCUGGACAAAUUAGGUUGGUCCUCCAGCAAGGUCUUGUCUCACUCACUCAAGCGAGUUGCGGCGCUACCACUUACUGCAUCUAGAAUCGCCUGGCGGGGGGCGUGGAUAUCUAGAUGGACAGGACGAGACGCAGACUUGUUCUUCAUCUUCUGCAAGUAUUAUUAUGCAUUAGUAGAAGAAUUCUUGCCGCCCGGAUUGCCCCUUGUCGAGAAAGCUCGCGCCCCAGGCUUUGUCCUUGUAAACGCUCAAGUACUCUCGAUCCUGGAUUCGACCAUACAUCGCCAGGCUGCAGUAGAGGCAUUAUUAGGGCCGCCUCUGGCAGAUACCUUGCACGGUGCCGAUGCGUCAGCUACGGCUUUGCCAGCUCCCCCGAAUCACAAUAUCAUGAAAGGAAUGAACGAGAAUCGUCUCAUUGUUCUGUUGAAGGAUAUGCUAUGCACUGCAUCAAUGCGAUUUGUCGAUGCAAGACAUACCUUUGCCGAAGCCUUCAUGGCUAUCAUGAGAUCGUCAGCGAAACGAACCUCGCAAUUUGACCAUAACGCAUGUUUCACAAUCUGUGACUUCUUGGAGGAGUCUCUGGUUGUUUAUGACAACUUUGUUGACAUUCAAAAGCCUCAGGCAGCUUAUGUCGACUGGCCGUUCUGGUUUGACGUUUGUAAGAAGAUACUAGAGUCGAACAACACAAUGUCAGAGAUUCGUGUCUUGGCUCUCAUCUUUUCGAUCUGGGAAACCAUUGCGAAUGACCAAUCCCGCAAAGAGACAGUCUGUUUAGAGUGGCUACUGCAAGAGGAUGUGUUCAAUAAGCUCUUCAACAAUUGGUGUCCGAUGGUUCGAGCAUACUAUAUGCGAUUGUUGUGUUGGAGAAUAUGUCGAGAUGUCGGCAAUGCGAAUGACUCGGACGCCAAGAUAUUCACGGCCGUUUACUCGCGUCUAAAACUAACAUGGUCCCAUUAUCUAUGGUUGAAGCAGAUGUUUGAGCAACAGGGCAAAAUCCCACCAUCAACUGCACCUUCGUUUCCAACUCCUGGAAAGCGAUUUAUGAUAAUCCGUACCGAACUUGCAACUGUGCAACCUGGACUUAUGAUGAGUUUUGACUCUACUUCUCCGAACUCGAUACAAUCUCAUGCGGCAGCAAACCCACCGACGGACUUCGAAUCUAUGGAUACUGUCGAAAUUGAACCAGCUCCCCCGAAGAAAAAAGUGAGCUUUUUGGGCAAGUUCUUCUCAUUUACCAGCAGUUCUUCCUCGGCUAGUGAUUUAGAAACCGUCAGAGGUGAGACGACAGCAGCACGUACCCGUCCAUCUUCUUCGUCUAAGACCAAGCCCACUCCAUCUUCCUCCGAUUCCGAUAGUACCAGCUCGUCUCCUACUUAUGAAGCUCUGCAAUACGUCUUCAAAUUCACCCUAUCGUGGAACACCCCUGGGACCAUGCCACCACCAAACCGUAUCCUCACCCGACCACGGUUACCAGGCCCUGCCCAGUCCUGGGUUGCCGCGAAGGGUCAGGUAGAUGGCCUGUUGACGCCUGCAGCGAGUCGACCGGCCCCAACUCGAGCCGUAUCUGGAAGUUCCAGCCCUGGUCUGAUAAAUUCCGCGAGGAACGCGAAUCCGUCCGAAGUCCUUUCCUCUACAUUUGACCGCCGACCUAGCUUCGGCCAAACCAGCACUACGGAUCGUAACAACGACGAUGCACGGCUUAGGACCCCAGUAAGUCCUAAUGUUCGAGGCGGCACGGAGGAGGCUACCCAUCGGAGCCCAGUUUCACCUGCACAAGAGUCAAUCAACUUGCCGGUCGAGCCAAAAGGCGUCGUGGCUUCAGGUGUAAAAUAUGCCGGCCGAGCCUUGGCUGAAUGGAGCCUCGUGGUGGCGGAAUGCAACAGCUUCAUUGAUCGAAGACGAGAGGAGGGUGUGAUGGGGUUGGGUGAGGUUGAGGUGCCAGCUCUUGGGGUGGAAGGCUUCAGAAAGCUAGCAUAGGUUGAAGAGAUGUUCCCAGGAGGCUACUUUGCAUACACGGCGUCAUAAUACUUGCGGAAUUUUAAAUGAAUUCGUUUUCGUGGAUUAUAAAAAUCAGUCAAGAUACCUCAUCCGGAGUUUGGAGUCACUGCUUCUGACUUUACGCACCUUCGACAUUUCGGGCAAGUACUGGAUCUCGCAUUCACGAUUCAUAUACCCAAGGGGAAUUGGUAGCAUUCAUCUCUUUCUGUACCACAAAUUUCUAAUGGCGUUGGAAGGAGAUUUUUCACCUUUGACAGAGGAAUUUGUUGAAUUUUCCCACCUAAAGAUCAGAAUCGGUCAGGAUCAUCAUACUGUGGCAAGCCACUGUACAUAUUGAAAGAAAGGUCUGAGAGCCUCGGCCAUAAACUUUGAUAGGGUGGAUUUGAUAAAAAGCAAAAGUGCCUUUUACUUCAGGGACGAAGAUAGAUUAUUAGAGUGGCCUUUUUUCGGCCAACGAUUUCACAACUCCCCAUUCAAGAAGACAAUAUGUAUAUAGUGUCUCGAGAUGUUUGUGUGUAAAGGUUGUAAAAGAAAGGAUGUCCCUUGAAAAAAAUGGCAAAAGAGUCGAGACUACUUAAUGUACGUCGGCUUGUACAUAUCAUAGUGCUGUAUUAUACCCGUCCGCCACCAAACGGUUUACAUAAUACAUGAUCGAUCGAUGGUGGCCUUCAAUUUGUUUGAGUCCCAGUGCCU